CGCUUUCUGAUGUAGUCUACUCUCGUAAUUAGCUCCCGUAUGGAAUGGAUGACAUAUCGGAAGCCUAGGCUAUUCCUGUAAGACCUGAGCCGCAACCGCUCCCCGUCACAUACACAAACAACCAACCGGGGUAAGACCUGAGCCGCAACCAAUCCCCGUCACAUACACACACAACCAACCGGGGUAAGACCUGAGCCGCAACCGCUCCCCGUCACAUAACAAACAACCAACCGGGGUAAGACCUGAGCCGCAACCGCUCCCCGUCACAUACACAAACAACCAACCGGGAAUCAGGGAGUGCCUUUUUUGGUUUAUUUUAUUUUACGGAGAAAUAGUCUACAGAGGCUCGAGAGGGAGAACAUACGAAAACUCCCAACUGAUAUGGCUGAGGCGAAUAUCUCGGUAACAGAGAGCCAGUUUAGGUGCCCUAUUUGCCUGGAUAUCUUGAAGGAUCCGGUGUCCAUUCCGUGCGGACACACCUACUGCAUGGCAUGCAUGACCUGUUAUUGGGACCAAACCGACCUUGGUCACUACAGUUGUCCGCAAUGUCGGGAAGAGUUCAUACCUCGACCGAUGCUACGGCGGAACACGGUGCUACAAGAAGUAGUGGACAAACUCAAACUGAACGAACUGGCUACGGCGCCGGAGUUGUAUCUAGGCGGUGUAGGGGACGUUCCGUGCGACUUCUGCCCGGUUCAGAACAAACUGAAAGCGCUCAAGUCGUGUCUGGUGUGCUUGGCGUCUUUCUGCGAGCUCCACAUCUUGCCGCACCGCGACGUGGGGACGUUGCGACGGCAUAAACUUGUUGCCGCGGUGGAGAGCUUGGCGGAAAGGCUGUGCCCGCAGCACCGUUUGGGCCUGGAGCAUGGAGGCGGCGAAGGGGGCGAUGCGGUGGAGUGGAGUGGCGACUGUAUGCUGUGCGAGUCUGACCAAGAGGAACUGCACAGCAUCGACGAGCAAAGGGCGCGGAAACAGGUUCAGUUGCAGGAUUCUCAGAGGUCAGUACAGGGAAGCAUCAGGAGUAGAGAGAGGGAGCUGGAAGAGUUUCAACAGAGCAUAGAGGCCGUCAAGGCAUCAGCUGCAUUAGUCCUGGAGGACAGCAAUACCCUGUUUGUGGACCUGGCCCUCCGUCUGGAGAGGACCAGGGGGGAGGUGAGGGCCAGGCUGGAAGCCCGGGAGAGAACUGUCCUGGGCAGGGCAGAGAGAGAGCUGGAGACCCUGGAGAAUGAACUGGAGGAGCUGCGGAGGAGAGACAAGGAAAUGGGCCAGCUACUAAUGAGGGAUAAUGCUCAGUUCUUACAGGAGGCUCCCCUGCUGUGUGUCCUCCCACCCACUGGGCGGCGCCCCCGAGCCCCUCUCAUCCUCCCCGCAGAAGGCUUCAGUGCAGCCCGCAGAGCUCUGUCCCACCUCAGGGCCCGCAUGGAGGAACUCUGUAGAGAGGAAGUGGACAAGAUCAGCCACGCAGUGAACGAGAGCUCCUCUGCCUGUCACAUGUCUGGUGGAGAGUGUUUGAAAGUAGCAGUGCCUGCAUCAUUUCCUCUCUCCCCCUCUCUCCAGCCUUCGGACCAGAGGAUGAGAGUAUCCUUCCUCAGGUGCUCCUGUCGUCUGUCCCUGGAUCCAGACACGGCCCACCCCACCCUGUUCCUCUUGGAGGGUCCCCAGGGGGCUCACUGUGGAGAGGAGCCCCAGUCCUACCCCCUCCACCCCUUGCGCUUCGACUCCGUGGCCCAGGUCCUCUGUAGGGAGGGCCAGUUUGGAGGGGCCAGCUACUGGGAGGUGGAGUGGAGGGGAGGAGGGUGGGUGGACAUUGGGGUGACGUACAAAGGGAUCGGACGAAAAGGAGGUGGAAAACCAUGUCUGCUGGGACGCAACGAGAACUCAUGGCGUCUGAGAUGCACGCACGCCGGUUACGCCGCGUGGCACGAUAACCGGAAGACGACCGUAGCUGCGCCCCUGUGCCCGCGGAUCGGCGUGUUUCUGGAACACCAGAAGGGAGCGUUGUCGUUCUAUAGUGUGGCGUCGGACGCCGUUUCCCUGCUCCACACGUUCAGGUGUCCGUUCUCUCAGCCACUGUACCCAGCGUUUCGGUUAGACCUGGACUCCACACUGUUGAUAUGUCCACAUGAAACACACAACGGGAACUAACCUCUAACCUCUUCCCAUCUGUUUCUGGAUCUCUUAUUUUGACCCAAUGGGAACCCAUCCUAGACCCCAACCCUAACUCUGCUGCCCUCUCUCUUUCUGAACACCUUCUGUUGACCCAAUGGGAACCCAUCCUAGACCCCAAACCUAACUCUGCUGCCCUUUCUUGUUAUGGCCAAAACCCUGCUUUAGCGUUGCCAGGUACCUCUACUCCUCCACUGUGUUUUUUAAAUGAACCUCCUAAAAUCUCCAACCAACAACUGAUUGUUUACUCAUUGCUGUUGCUCGACAUUUCAGUCAUUUAGCACACACUCUUAUCCAGGGCAACGUACAGGAGCAGUUAAGGUUAAAUGACUUACUCAAGGGCACAGCGACAGAUUUUUUCACUUAGUCAACCGGGCAACCUUUCAGUUACUAGCCCAACACUCUUAACCGCUAGGCUACGUGCCUCCCUGAAAUAUCAACUCAAGGUGUCAACUCAGCACAGGGCCACGGUAAGGGAUUAAUAAUUUAAUCAAUCAUUUUUGAAGUAUCGAUGCCAAAAAAAACUAAUCUGCGCUCAACUCCGUGGAGGCGUUGUGUUACUUGGAUAGCCUUACCUCGGCCUAUCACAAGUCACCAAACUAGUGAUGCUGAAAAGACAAUGUUGUUGUGUAAGGAGAGUCUGAACUGAGCAGCAUAUUGUAUGCAUGGCCUCUCCAUUCAAAUAUCAUUCACAAUGUGGCCCUAUUGUAAACAGAGACUUCACUUCAGCAGCCAUGAAGCCAUCUUGAUCAAUCAUCCUAUUCUAUUGAUCACUGUGACUGUUACUUAACAAUAACAUCAUGUGAAACAUUUCAAUGUAGCCGAAUGUGGAAUGUAGCUCUUUCAAAAUACUAUUAGUUGGAAAGGCUUUGAAUGCCAUUAUAUCACCAUGAAGGGACAUUGAAGAAAAUAUGUAUUUGCUAUAAAGUGCAUUAUUUCAUGAGUUAUAGUCAGACUAAUAGUGGGAUAGGCUAUGCUGGGUAGCCUAUGGUUUCUAUGGCCCCAUCUCUCUACCUCCCCAUUCCUUCAAUAAUUUAUUUCUCUGUGACUAUUACAAUGAAUGUGUAGCUUUGUAUUCAUGUGGGCUGUGUAACUGUUACUGUCUUCAAUAAACCAAUUAUACAUUUUCAAUCUCAA